ACCAAGUGUCUCAGCCCCUUUCCCAGCUUCGACCUUCAGCCCUCAGGCCUGAGGGAGGGAGCUAGAGCUGGGGUGGGUCUUCCUGCGUCCACACUCCCUUCUGACAGGGCCUGGCUCUCCAGAUACAGAACUGAAGGGUGACAGCUGCCCGCCGCCCCUACCAGGAAGGGACCAGCCUGAGGGUCUGCAUCUCAAGGGCCGGGCCUAGCUCUGCUCUCCCAGGCUUGCGUCCUGUUACGUGAGCUGCUCACAGAGACGUCACUGGUGUGAUCUGUGUCAGGCAGGAGCCCAGAGGCCUGCACCUUCAAGGAAACCUCCCAAGUGGGGAGACAGGCAGGCUUCCUGGAAGCUAUAAAGUAUCUCUUCAGGAGGUGGGCAGGUGAACAGCUCCUGGGCUAGCAUUCCCCAAGGGCAGCAGUCAGAGCCACAGGAACGGGGUUCAGUAAAUUGUUGGGGUGAGACCAACAGAGGAUUGGAAGGGGGGUGAAUGACCCAUCGCGUGGCUCUGACCUUCUGCCCCCUCCCAGCCUGCAGAGCCCCUUUGAAGCGGGGUUCACCCACGGUGACGUGCAGGUGGCCGCCCCCCUCGGGGUCUACUUGCAGGGCCUCUGCUGGGCUUCUCCCUGCCCCUAACCAGCACCCCCAUUGGCCAGGCCUGAAGUGGGCCAGUGGAGAACUGGCCCUGCCCUCUCUCCCCAGGACCCCCAGGUAUGGGUCCCAGAAAGUUGGAGGUCUCUGAACACCUGCAUGGGAAGGGCAGCCGGCAGGCUUGAGUCUCCCCAUUCAGCUUCUCUUGAUGCCAGAAGAGAUAGAGGAAGGCAGGGCUGGCAUUCUUGCUUCCGCUUUCUACACCCCACACGGCAGAUGUGGGCUUUGUCCCACCCUCUAACAAAGGAGAACAUGCUACUGACCUCAGUCCCCCAGAGCGACAAGGGACAUCAGUUCAGGUCUGGUUCCAGGUAGGCAGCUGGCACUGACCAUGGCUUCAUGCCACCGCGAUACAGGGUGGGCAAGACAAAGUCCUCCCUUCAAGUUGCCUACAGUCUAGUGGAAACACAGGAGCCAACAACAUAAUUUCAGUUACUGUCCAGCGCUUUGGAGGACAUAAAACAGGCUAAUUUCCAGGGUGGGGAAGUGCUGGUGGGGUUUUUUUUGGGGGGGUGGGGGAUUUGGCCAUGACGCAUGGCUUGUGGGAUCUUAGUUCCCCAAUCAGGGAUCAAACCCACACCCCCAGCAGUGGAAGUGCGGAGUCCUAACCACUGGACCACCAGGGAAGUCCCGGGAAGUAGUUUAGUUGGAUCUGAGAAGGUCCUUCAGAGGAGACGAUUGACAAAAAGGGAGUGGUGGCUACAUGUAGAGCUGGCAGAAGGACAUUCCUAGGAGCAGGAACAGAGGGUGCAAAGGGCCUGAGGCAGAACAAGCAGAGUGGUUUGGACAGAAAGAAGGCUGACGUGAUUGCAGUGAUAACGCUGUGAGCUGGGUGCUGCUCUAAGUGCCUUCCAUGGAUUCACACCUUUAAUCCUCACAGCCAUGCCUAGAGGUGGGUGUUAUUAGCCCCAUUUCUCAGAUGUGGAAAGUGAGGCACAGAGAGGUUAAACAACUUGCCCCCCGAGGUCACACAGCCAGGAUUCACACCCAGGUAGUCUGGCACUAGGGCCGUUUUUAACCACUCAGUGGGUGAGAGGGGGACGUGGAAGUUUGAGGGUGCCAGGAAGCCUCAAACUGAGAGUGGGAGUUAGAAUUGAGUCCAUGGUAUAACUGGAGCCCAGGAGGGGCAGCUCCGGAGCCAAGUUAUUGCAAAGCCUGUGUUGUCGCAGGUACUUCGCUCCGCCAGCCCCAGGCAAGCGCCCCUGUUCUCUGGCUCCGCAGCAGGACUGCACAGAAGGGCACUUAACAGCUAGACGUCUGACAAUUUGAUUUCCACGUGCCGGCAGGCGGUGGGAAUCAGAUAGCAAAGAUGGGGGGGUGGUCUGCCCGCAUUGCUACAGUGCUCUUUGCCCUUCACCCUUCCCCAGCCCUAGCCCUUCUGUUUGUCAACAGGAAAAGGGUGGGCUGGGGUCAAAGCAGGUGGUGACAAGUGGCCGGCAUGCAGGUGGACUCUGGGUCUGCACAAGCUGGGCUGCUAGGAGCAGGCGUGAGACGCCCCCUUUGUGGGGGGAGGUGUUGAACUUGGCACUGUGGGAUGGGAUUAACCACCACUGCCUUGACUACUCCUCACUCCCCUUAUCACCUCCUGCCACCCCCCAUAAAUGGUAAUGAACCCUACCCUUCUCCCCCCGCUGCCCCCCUCCCCCGCUCCCAGGUCCCUCUGGUGAGGGGAGAAAGUCAAAAUUUAGGCAAACUGAGGCUGGACCACGUAAGAGGGUCUCUGCCCCUCUCCCUCGUUCUGGCGGCACUUGACACUUUUCAGGAAGUGUCCUUCCUCUCAGCUGACAAGAUAGCAGUUUUGGCAGCAUCAGCAGUGGCCAUUUCCUUUUUAUAAAUUAGGAAGCUGAGACCAGAGAGGUGAAGGGACUUGCCACAGGUCACACAGCCUGUAAGGGCCGGGGUCAGGGAAUGGGGAUAAAAUUCAGAGUCUGGGACUGGAACACUCCCCACUUGGGGCCCACCGCCGGACUUCCCAUGGGGGUAAAGGGGCAAACGGAGCCAGAAAGCCAGGACUGCAGGUGCAGAAUGGGCUACCCAGCUGUGCCCCAGAGCCCCCUGGCACCAGCCCCCUGUCUGAGCCCCAAGGCCAAGCUUGACUGUGGGCAUCUGUUACCAUGGAGACCCCGGCUGGGCUGGGGGCUGGCCAGUGACAGCAGGCCCUUCCCCCACUGAUAGGAACCAGGUUCUCGGGCUCAGAGACCUUGGGCCCAGAUGGAACUCCCCACACCUGCCUCUCCUCACUGCCUUCCGUCUCCCAGCUGACCCCUCCACCCCUGAACCCCAAGCCUGAGCUGUCUCCUCCAUGCCUCUCUGCUCUUACCUGUGACUCCUGGGGAUUGAGGUCCGGAGGAGAUAGCUUUUAAUACCCUACCAGGGAGCUAGGAGCUGGUGAGCACGUGAGCAUGUGGGCAUGAGGACAAGGUCUUCCCAGAGAAUAGAGACAGAACCAGCACCGAUCACAGUGGAGAGGUAGAUUCCAGAUGUUUCCAUGGAAGAGGGAGAGUUUAAAUGGGGCCCCAAAUGGUGGUGCGAAUGUGGAAAAUGGAAAUGAUUGCUACCUUGUUCCAACUAUGCUGCUAACUAGCUGUGAGACCCUCUCUGGACCUCAUUGGUGAAUGAGGAGUCUGGACCAGAUGAAGACUCUCUAAGAUUCCCUUCCAGUUUUUUUUUUGCGGUACGCGGGCCUCUCACUGUUGUGGCCUCUCCCGUUGCGGAGCACAGGCUCUGGACGCGCAGGCUCAGCGGCCAUGGCUCACGGGCCCAGCCGCUCCGCGGCAUGUGGGAUCCUCCCGGACCAGGGCACGAACCCGUGUCCCCUGCAUCGGCAGGCGGACUCUCAACCACUGCACCACCUGGGAAGCCCUCCCUUCCAGUUUUGACAUUCUUUCCAACUGAUUCCAACCCGGGACACCCCUAGUUACAAAGGUCAGGGCCGGAGCCAACACUGCAUUCCCCAGGCCAGCUCGGGCUCAGCUCACCCUUGAGCCCCCAGCGGGGCACCUGGGGCGGAGCUGGGAGCCAAGUGUGGAGCUUGACCGGGUGGGCUGGAGGUGUCCCUGCUUGUCGGUGGGUGGGGAGGGGUGGCAGACAACUUUGUGGAUUGAUCUAGCUCAGGAAGGUGAGAAGGAGGCCUGGAGGUGAGAGUUUCGCCCUCCCACUCAUCUCUUUAGGUAAAUAAAUCCACAGCCAGCAUUUCCCCUUCUCUUCCCAUCCUGGAGGCACUGAGACCUCCAGGGAGCCCAGAGCUGAGGUGUAAGAUUCCCUCAGAGAUUCCCCCCCAAGCACUAGCCCCCUUCCACAGUCACCAUCCGCCACCUUCUGCGGGGAAGGAACCGCGUAGAGUUCCUGGUCAUCAGCUUCCAGGACCAGGAAUAUUGGGACAUCAUGGGUGGGCGCUAUGCUGGCCCCGGCAGGCGUGGGCACAGUAGAAGGAAUCUGUGUGGGAGAGAAAGAGCAUGGACUUUGGAAACCUGGCUACGCCAUUCACUAGCUGGGUGAUCCUGAGCAAACGACCUACCGUGUGCCUCAGUUUCCUCCUCUGCAGAAUGGGGUGAUACCUGGUGUGGUACAGAGCAGCGUGGGACCGGAGGUUAGAAAAAGAAGAGGCCGCUGGGCACUUCAUCCCAGACCGCUGCUGAGGGGCUGCAGGGAGGAGGCCCUGGGUUCCUCCCAGCUCCCAGAGGUUCUAGGGAUGGCUGCUGUCGUGGGAGGAUAACAAGUGAGGCCCAGAACAUAUACCUUUGACUUCUGCCUCAGUGCGGCCAUCUCACUGGGUCCUCCAACAUCCCGAGGCACUACUGUGCCCAUCUCUCAGAGGAAACGGCCAAGGCCCGGAGGAAAGCGGCUGGUACCAGUGCACCCGCUCUCCUCACCAUGGGGUCCUUCUAAGGCCCCACCUGCACCUGCCUCCCUACCCCUGGUCCCCAAGCUGUGGCGCCCACUGUGUGAUGCCCGUCGGGACAGCCUUAACCCCUCCUUCCCGGUGGCCAGACAGCAGACAGGGGGAGUAAGGGAUGACAGAGGCAGUGGAAGCUACGCUCCUAGCCAAGCCCACCUCCUGCCCCCUGGAGGGAAGCUCCUCCUUUUAAGGCUGCUGCUGGGAAUUUCCACCCCCAGACCCAGACCCAGCGACCCCAGGCCUGGAAUGAUACCUGCAGCUCACCCUAGGGGAGGUGGGGCAGGGGAAGCUUGCCCUGAGAGGGGAGGAGGGGCCCUGCCGUCGGGUCUGUGACGGUCAGUAAGAACGCAGGAGCCAGCCUCUGGGUCUAGAAGCCUCCAGCAGCUCCAUCCUCUGCGCUGGGGUAUCCCAGAGAGAGGCUGACAGCACCCUCCACCGACCCCCGCCAGCAGCUGCUUUGCAGUCUCACUGGCCAGGAAGGUGGACUCCUCACACCUCAGUCUCCCAAUUACGCCCUCCUCCCCCCUCGCCCUCCUCCCUUCUCUCCUCUCUCCUCCUCCUCCCGUCUCUCUCCUCUCCCCACUGAAAACCUGUGGCUUGGAGAGACCUUGGCUUCUCUGGGACUCUGCCCCCAGGGACUGCCCACAUCUGCUCCUGACUCUGGGGGCAGGAGGGCAACGGCCCCAAGAAAUCUCUCCGGCGAUGGGAGCCGCCCGCCUGCUGCCCAACCUCACGCUGUGCCUGCAGCUGCUGAUUCUCUGCUGUCAAACUCAGGGGGAGAAUCACCCGUCUCCUAAUUUUAACCAGUACGUGAGGGACCAGGGUGCCAUGACCGACCAGCUGAGCCGGCGGCAGAUCCGCGAGUACCAGCUCUACAGCCGGACCAGCGGCAAGCACGUGCAGGUCACUGGGCGUCGCAUCUCCGCCACCGCUGAGGAUGGCAACAAGUUUGCCAAGCUCAUAGUGGAGACAGACACCUUCGGAAGCCGCGUGCGCAUCAAGGGAGCUGAGAGCGAGAAAUACAUCUGUAUGAACAAGAAGGGCAAGCUCAUCGGGAAGCCCAGCGGGAAGAGCAAAGACUGCGUGUUCACAGAGAUCGUGCUGGAGAACAACUACACAGCCUUCCAGAAUGCACGGCACGAGGGCUGGUUCAUGGCCUUCACGCGGCAGGGCCGGCCCCGCCAGGCCUCCCGCAGCCGCCAGAACCAGCGAGAGGCUCACUUCAUCAAGCGCCUCUACCAGGGCCAGCUGCCCUUCCCCAACCAUGCCGAAAGGCAGAAGCAGUUCGAGUUUGUGGGCUCAGCCCCCACCCGCCGGACCAAGCGCACUCGGAGGCCACAGCCCCUGACAUAGUCAGGGACACCCCCGGGGGGGCAGCCGCCCCUCACUCAUGGGCCUUCCCAUCCCCUUCCCUUCCUAAUCCAAAGACAGGGCUGGGGUGGAGGCAGGGGAGCCAGAGCCCCCAAGGAGGAUGCUGAGGACCACCGAGCAUCAGAGACCCCCCACCGGAAAGGCGGAGGACUGCCACUAACCAGGGCUGGCUCCUCAGGGCCCCACCCUGGCGUGGCCCCCUGGGGGCGGGGCAGGCCCCCCAGAAGGGGAAGGUAGAAUAACCCGAGGUCAGGCUCCCCUGAACCAAGUGGGCAAAGUCAGCGGAUUCAAGGCUCUGCAGGCACGGUCUGGAGGCGGCUCUCCUCGAACUCUGCUGCCCCUGUCUCCCUCAGUCUGCCCCCCAGCCUCCAAAUUCCUCCUGGCCAGACUGUAGGAAAGGACUUUUGUUUUGGUUUCAGGAAAAAAAAGA